AUGCAACUCCUUAAAAUCCAAACUACUAUUUUUCUCCUCGCCUCUGUUCUAUCUAUAACAGCUGCUCCCAUUUCCGCCGAUGGCCUUCAAGUCCGCUCUGAGUACGCGAACAUCGAGAUGCGACACUUGCCCGAGGAGCAUGCAGAGGCGGCAAUUGAGCAAAGAGCAAACAGCGGAAAAUUCAAGAUUGGGGGAACAAAGCGACAAGUGGUUUAA